AUGGCAGAGCAAUCACUCAUCAGCUUGCUGUCCGACAAACCGGAUCUUACAAGAUAUGAAACACUCUACAAACACUUUCACUCUCAUCCCGAACUUUCACUCCAAGAACGCGAGACGGCCUCAACCAUAGCUUCGCACCUCGAAUCUGUCAAAGCAGGAUAUGAACUUUUCAAAGCAAUCGGAGGGCAUGGAAUUGUUGGCGUCCUCAAGAAUGGCUCAGGCCCCACUGUCCUUUUACGCGCUGAUAUGGAUGGCCUUCCAGUCCUCGAAUUAACCGGUCUACCCUACGCAUCAAAGGUCACCAUGAAGGACAUAGCCGAUGGAAUUGAGAAACCCGUCAUGCACGCCUGUGGGCAUGACAUGCACAUAACAUGCCUACUUGCAGCGGCCGAGCACUUGGCCCAUAUCAAACAUGCUUGGAGCGGCACCUUGAUCGUCUUGUUUCAGCCGAAUGAGGAAAGAGCAGCAGGCGCCCAGGCUAUGGUAGACGAUGGUCUGUACGACAAAAUUCCUAUCCCUGAUUACGUUCUUGGACAACAUGUUCUGCCUUUGCGCGCAGGGCGUGUAGGCAACCGAAAAGGGGUGAUAAUGGGCGCCGCCGAUAGCUUCAAGAUUACGGUCUGCCGUGAGGUAGACCCAUCGGAAAUGGCUGUGGUGACGGUGGGCAGUGUGCAGGCUGGUUCAACGGAGAACGUAAUUGCAGAUCAUGCCAUACUGAAAGUCAACAUCAGGACCGUUUCUCCACGAACGAGGGGGAAAGUGCUGGCUGCCAUGCGACGAAUUGUCAAGGCAGAAUGUGAAGCAAGCAACUCGCCGAAAGAGCCGCUUAUUGAGCCCACAACACGAUUUCCACCCACUGUCAAUAACGAGAACAUCGCUUGCCGCCUUGCUUCCUCUUUCACGGAAUUCUUUAAAGAAGACUUCGACUCAGAGCAGCCUCCCACCAAUGGCAGUGAAGAUGUUUCCAUCCUGGCGUCAAGUAUAGGAAAGCCUUACAAUUUCUGGUUCUUUGGAGGCGUUGAUCAUGAACUAUGGGAUCGCGCCGAGAAAGAAGACAGACUCUUCGAGGACGUACCGGCUAACCACUCGGCGUUUUUUGGGCCUACUGUGCAGCCUACGUUGAGGGUAGGCUAUGAGGCUCUGUGUGUGGCCGCGUUGACAUUCUUGCGGAAGCCUCUGUAG